AUGUCAUCAUCAAAUGUGGAUGAUAUUGUCAUUCAAUUUGAAAAAUGUUUUGUUUUUAAUAGAAAAUUUGAAGGAAGAGCCGAAGAGGAUGAUUAUUUGAAAAUUAUUGGAUAUUUUCCACCAAACAAACCACUCAACGACAAGAUGAUUAGUGUUGGUGUUGUGGAAGCAUUGACACACUUUUCAAAAACAUUUGGAUCGGAAACAGUUUGUGAUUCGCUAUUUACUGAUAAUUCAAAAUUUGUAUUUAUUGAACCUGAACCAGGUUAUUGGAUGGCAUUAUUUGUUAAACACACAUAUCAGGGCGUUACAGCUUUGAGUACAACUGGUCCAAUUCAAGAUUUUUCUGUUUAUAAUGACGGAAAUUUACCCUAUUUAUUAUUAAAAUCUAAAUUACAAGAUGCCUAUAGAACAUUUAGAAUAUUUCAUGGUGAAAUGGAUAAUAUUGUGAAUACAAAUGGUAUUGAAUCUUUGAGAGCAACUAUGGACUUGUUUUUGGAAAAUUACUGGAAGAAUGCAAGUUUCAAUAAUUGGAAUAUUUUUGAUAUUCUUGGAGGAGUUCAUUAUCUUCCAAUUUUACCAAAUGAUUUUCUCAGUAUUCAAUCAUUUAUCAAUCAAGUUGUUUCAAAAUUCAGUUCAUUUAAAUCUAAAGCUAAAAUACCAAAUUCAUCGAGCAGGGAUGAAGUAAUUAGAGGAUGUUUAUUUAUUUUUGAUUCAUAUUUAGUUUAUAAUGGAAUUUCUCAAGAGGAGAGUAGAAUUAUUUCACAAUAUCUUUCCAAUAUUAUUGAUGAGAGAGUCAAGUAUAAUUCUCAGAAUGCAAAUACUACCUCUGGUAUUUUCAUAACUGGUCCAGAGGAUAUUCAAUCUUCAGUUACACGAUUCAGUGCACCAAAAGUAUUUAUUAAUGGUGAUUUAACAGAAGGAUCAAAUGUUAUUAUUUACAAGAUGAAUAGACUUCAAUUAGUUUUAUUCGUGGAUCCAACAGUUUGCUCAAAUUUAACAUUUUACACGAGUUUGAGAGAUUAUUUGAAUGAGGAUAUUAACAAUCUUUACAAGACACUAUCUGAUUAUAUUUUCAAAAAUGGUGAUAGUGUUUUGAAAUAUAUUUUCUUUAAUGGUUCGAGUUUGGCUCUUAAAACAAGUCUCAACAUGCAAACACCAUCAUUGGCACUUAAGGAAACUCUUCAAAAUUUGUGUACCAUACGUUCCCAAUUGAAAGUGUAA